AUGAAAGAAAGAGUGGGGCUUAGGGAGAAAGGGAAGGAAGGAGAUCUGAGCAGCGAGGCUCUGGCUGGGGAUGAGGAGACUGGGGAGGAUGCUGCGCUCUACCCCCAGCACGUUGCUGUCACCUCUCUGGCCAGCGCACACUGUCUCCAACUCCGACUCGGCACCAUCCGCCACUUUCAGCUGCCUGCACUUAAAGGACUUAAGGGAAGAAUCUUCUGGGGAGAAGGAGGAGAGCUGGAGAGGCAGAGUACCUAG